AUGGUGUGGGCGUGGCAACAAUGGCUCUCGCGGCGACCGGAGCGGCGCACCAGCAACAAUUCCCAAUCGUCGUUUAAACAUCUUGGUGAUGCAGCCCUGUAUGAGCCUCUUGAGAGACCAGACGGGAAUUAUCAUUUCGAUGGAAAGAUUCUGAUUAAUUGGGGUGGCAGACAUAUACAUCGCUUACAGGACGAAUACUUCAAAGUUGAUCAGGGCGUACUGGGUGCAGUCAAGAACGGGGUGGAAUAUUCUGUCACCAAGGACGAUGGAGUAUUCCACAUCCCUGCUGGCACGCGCCAUCGAUUCUGGUCUCAUAAAUCAGGCACGGAAACUCUCGUCUUCUCCGUAUGGUUGGAUCCAUGUCAGAACGAUGAUCAUAUCCUUGAUGUUAACUUCCUCCGCAACCUUUCGGGUUAUGUGGAUGAUUGCCUCAAGGCUGGCCUGAAGCCAUCCGUUCUUCAGAUCAUUCUGUUCACUGAGCACGCAUCCUCCCUCUUGUGCCCUCCAUUCCUGAACUGGAUGCCGGUGUGGUUGCUUAUUCCAGUGCACCGUGGGCUUGCCUGGUUUGCAGAGAGUGUGUUAGGGUAUGAGAAGUCGUACCCCGAAUACACCAGAAAUUCAUGA